AUGUACAGCAGAGCUUACAUCUUGCUGCAAAGAGAAUUCCAAGAAUUGAAGAAGAACAAUUAUGAGGGUAUUACUGGCUUUCCUGUAAGUGAAGAUAUGAUGCAAUGGGAAGUUGAUAUUGAAGGUCUGCAGAAUACAGUUUGGCAUGGAUCAUUCUUCCAACUGAGAAUAAAUUUUACAUCAGAGUAUAAUUUUGUCCCUCCGGUUGUGAAAUUUAGAACAAUUCCUUUUCAUCCAAAUGUAGACCCACAUACUGGCCGUCCCUGCAUAGAUUUUUUGGACAACACUCAUAAGUGGAAUAGAAGCUAUACAUUGAGCAGCAUCUUACUUACCCUCCAGGUUAUGCUUUCUAAUCCAGUGCUAGAAAAUCCAGUGAAUUUGGAAGCAGCCCAUAUACUGAUUAAAGAUGAAACUCUGUACAGGCAAAUAAUUCUAAGACUUUUCCACCAGCCAUUACAAUCAAAAGAUGACAGUUCUGAGUCACCUAAAGAGCCAGAUAAAUUUAACAGAUCAAUUAAAUCAGUCUCAUUUAAUGAUUACUACAAGACAUGGUCUGGAAUAGCCACAUCAAAAGCCACAGAAUAUUACAGAACUCCAUUGCUUGAAGAUCCAAAUUUCAUUGGAGAGUAUUACAAAUGGAAGAAAAAUGAGCUAAGACGACCUGAAGAAUGGGGUUUAAAGUAA